GGGCGGGGCCGGGCGUGCCCGAGGGCUGUUCUCCGGCCGGCCGCGUAGCGGACAUGGCGGGCUCCCGGCUCCCGCGACAGCUCUUCCUUCAGGGCGUGGCCGCCGUCUUCAUGUUCGCGUUCGCGUCCCUCUACACGCAGAUCCCGGGCCUGUAUGGUGCCGAGGGCAUCCUACCUGCGCGGAAGACGCUGAGGCCACAGGGCAAGGGGCGCUGGCAGCAGCUGUGGGAGACCCCGACCCUGCUGUGGGAGGCUCCGCAGCUCGGGCUAGACACCACGCAGGGCCUGGAGCUGCUGAGCCUGCUGGGCACCCUGCUGGCCCUGGGUGCGCUGCUGCUGCGCCAGCUGCGCACCCUCCUCGUCUACCUUCUGCUCUGGGCUGCCUACCUGUCGGCCUACCAGGUGGGCCAGGUGUUUCUUUAUUUCCAGUGGGAUUCCCUGCUGCUGGAGACUGGCUUCCUGGCCGUGCUGGUGGCCCCCCUGAGACCGCGCCACCGCCAUAAGCAGGCCCCCCAGGGCGGGCUGGCAGGGGCCUUGCCCCACGAAGACCUCCCCUUCUGGCUGGUCCGCUGGCUGCUGUUUCGCCUCAUGUUUGCCUCGGGUGUGGUCAAGCUCACCAGCCGUUGCCCCGCUUGGUGGGGGCUUACUGCACUCACCUACCACUACGAGACACAGUGCCUGCCCACACCUGCUUCCUGGUUCACCCACCACCUGCCCGUCUGGCUGCACAAACUAUGUGUGGUGGCCACCUUCCUCAUUGAGAUCGCAGUGCCCCCCCUGUUCUUCGCCCCUGUUCGCCGCCUGCGUUUGGCAGCUUUCUACUCUCAGACCCUCCCCCAGGUUUUGCUGCAAGUCCUCAUUAUCAUCACUGGCAACUAUAACUUCUUCAACCUGCUCACGCUGGUGCUCACCACCGCUCUUCUGGAUGAUGGGCACCUGACUGCUACACCUGGCAACAGCCACUGCAAAAAGACAGCCAGUUCCUGGCCCAGGACGCUGCUGGCUGUGCUGUCUCUGCUCUUGGAAUUCACCAUCUACGGGCUGCUAGCCUAUGGUACCGUGCACUACUUCGGCCUGGAAGUCGACUGGGAGCAGCAUGCUGUCCACUCCAGAACCACUUUUACCUUCCACCAGUUUUCCCAGUGGCUGAAAACGGUGACCCUGCCCACCAUGUGGCUGGGGGUGGCCUCCCUCACCUGGGAACUGCUGACUGCCCUCUGGAGGUGGACCCAGGUGCGAGGGUGGCCGAGGAGGCUCUGCACUGCAGUCCAGCUGCUCAUCUUCGGCACUGCCACGGUGGCCUUGUUUGUGAUCAGCCUGGUGCCAUACUCCUACAUGGAACCCUCAACCCACGGGCGACUCUGGACUGGGGCCCACCGCCUGUUCGGCACCGUAGAGCACCUACAGCUGGCUAACUCCUACGGCCUCUUCCGCCGGAUGACCGGUCUGGGUGGGCGGCCCGAAGUGGUGCUGGAGGGCAGCUAUGACGGGCACCGCUGGGUGGAGAUCGAGUUCAUGUACAAGCCCGGGAACGUGAGCCGGCCACCCCCCAUCGUGGCGCCCCACCAGCCCCGCCUCGACUGGCAGAUGUGGUUCGCAGCCUUGGGCCCACACUCUCACAGCCCCUGGUUCACGGGCCUGGUCCUGCGCCUGCUGCAGGGCAAGGAGCCUGUGAUCCGCCUCGUCCAGAACGACGUGACUAAGUACCCCUUCCACAAGCAGCCACCCACCUACUUGCGGGCCCAGCGCUACAAGUACUGGUUCUCACAUCCUGGGGAGCAGAGCCAGUGGUGGCGACGCCAGUGGGUAGAGGAAUUCUUCCCGCCAGUGUCCUUGGGGGACCCAACGCUGGACAUGCUGCUCAGACAGUUUGGCCUUCAGGACAAGAGCCCACCCCGAGCCCGCAGCUCCAGCAACACCCUGGCCCGGGCCCUCCACUGGGUCCGGAGACAGCUGUCUCCCCUGGAGCCUUCCACCCUGCUCUGGGGGCUCCUCGCCGCAGUGGGGGCCAUCAGGGUCGUGCAGGCCCUGCACUCAAGGCCUCCUUCCCCCCGGUCUUCCCCUCCGGGGAAGGAGGAGAAGCACAGGCCAGCCCCGAAGAAGGACUCUGGAGCUGCCACCAAACGAGCUGCCCCAGCCCCUGACAACUGUACGGGCAGUUCCCAGUCUCCAGGGAGGAAAAAAUAGCUGCAUCUGUCAGCCACACGUCCGGAGAGGGUCAGGGUCCCCAGCACGUCUCUGGCCUUGUGCCGCAGGACGUGAUCCAGCCAGCGUGCCUUAGCCAACUGCCGUGACAGAUGCAGGAUGGGGUGCCAUCCUCCGGGGGGGGGGGGGGGGGGGGGCUCUGGCUUCCCUGCUGCGUGGAGGGCCCACUCCCCAGACACACACCAACCGUGCCCUCCCCACGCCAUCUCCUGGCCUUGACCCACGAGGCAGGCAUGUGACCCAGCUCAAGGUCUUUGCCGGAACAUUGUACCAGGGCUGGGGAAGCCCUUUCCCUCUGUAGGGAUCCAAGCCUGAUGCCCCAGCCACAGCUCCUGCACCAGAGGGUCUGAGGCUGACUUGCUGGGGCACCGAGGGAGAGGGAAGACAGUCCUGAGACUCCUGCCAUUUGGGUCCAGGAACCAAUAAAGGUGUCUCUGUGCUUGA